AUGAGUCUGGAGGAAGCAAAAGAACUCAAGCUUGCAGGGACAGCAGUUCUUGCAAUUGGACUAUGGCUUCGGUUUGAUUCACAGACCAAAAGCAUCUUUGAACUGGAAUCCAACAACACGACGUUUUACACAGGAGUUUACAUCCUUAUUGGAGCUGGCGCACUUAUGAUGCUGGUUGGUUUUUUGGGAUGCUGUGGUGCAUUGCAGGAAUCUCAAUGUAUGCUUGGCCUGUUCUUCCUCUUCCUUUUUGUGAUUUUUGCCCUUGAAAUUGCUGCUGCAAUCUGGGGAUUUGCAAAUAAAGAAAAGGUUACUGAAGAGUUAAAGGAAUUCUACAUGGAAACCUAUAGAAAGAGAUCUCAACCAGCUGCCAGAGACACCCUGAAAGCAUUUCAGUUUGCUCUAGACUGCUGUGGUGUUACAGGAAUUCUUGAGCAGCAGUUCAUGGACACCUGUCCAAAGAAGAGCAUGGUUGAGUCGCUUUCUGUAGUGUCAUGCCCUGCUGCCAUUGAUGAUGUCUUCAAUUCAAAAUUGAAUGUGAUUGGAGCAGUUGGCCUUGGCAUUGCUGUAAUAAUGAUUUUCGGCAUGAUAUUCAGUAUGGUUCUCUGCUGUGCUAUUCGCAAAAACAGAGAAAUGGUCUAAGAAUAAAACACCCAAGACUGCUGCACUAUAAAAUCUUUGUCAUUAACUUUAGCAUUCUGAAAGCGUUUCUAAAAAGUUAUAUAUUUGUUACCUUUUUAAUGCUUUAUUAGCUACUGAUGUAGGUUUGCUUUUUGUUAUAGGUUAAAAUGAUAAAGGUAUAUCUGACUCAAGACAAAUAUUGUACAUAAAAUAUCUGACUCUUGAAACUUAUGUAAUUUGGAUGUAAUUUAUGUUGGAGACAAUUUGAUACUUAAUAAUAAAGAGUAAAAUGU